AAGGAAGAGAAGGGAACGGGUUUCAUGGAGCAAGGAACACUGAAACUCCUUCCUAAAAAGCAUGCGAAGGAGAAAGGAGGGCAUAUGGGAGUUUCACAUACUUCUAGUCUCAAUUCCCACCCAAGUACUCUCUCUCUCUCUGCGCUAUCUAGUGUGGUCUGGCUUGGAAGAUCCGGUCACCUCCUCUUGAACUCCCACACUUCACCAAGAUUCAAAUGGAUGAACACACUCCUCUACAAUACUCUCAUCAGAGCCUACCUCAGCUUUGGCCUACCGCACAGAACCAUAGUCCUCUUCACAUAUAUGCUUGCUCAUCAAGCACCACCCAACAGCAACACCUUCCCUUCCCUCAUCAAAGUAGCCUCUUCUUCACCUUGUUUGGCUUCACAUAUAGGCAAACCCCUCCAUACCCAUGUCAUCAAACGGGGUGUAACAAACGACCCAUUUGUGCAAACGUGCUUUGUUGUGUAUGCUGGACAGACUGACCUUAAACAUGCACAUAUUAUGUUUGAUGAAAUAUCUGAACCAUGUAUUGUAUCUAAUAACGCGAUGGUCGAUGCGUUUCGGAAAAAUGGGGACAUGGGUUCUGCUAUUUUGACUACUUAUGCUCCUGCCAAACUCCAGUAG